AUGGUUAUCGAAUGCGUUUGUUGUAAUGGUCGUAUUGAUCCGAAGAAUCAUCGUCCGUUUCAUGGCAUAGCAAUGCGGCUUUUUGUUUCGGCACGAACAAAUAUGUUUUUACCAGAGUCUGGAUCAAUAUGUAAUACUUGUCGUAUGCGUUAUCUCAAAUGGCGUAACAAUACUGAAUUUGUCAACGUCUUAUAUCGUCUUGGAAAUGAAUCAGACGAAUCUAUAAUGGAUACUGACGAUAAAAAUGAUGAUGAGAAUAUUGAAUCUGGAACAGCAGCGUCAUCAAAUGAUCUAGUUAAUACAAAUAUUGUGACUUUACCAUUGAAUAUUACCAUAUCAUGUCAUCACCGCUGUGUAGUUUGCCGAGAGGUUAUGAGUUCAACAUUUACCAUUUCUGAUCAAGAUCGAGACCUUCUAUUUAUUAAAAGCAAUAUUUUAAUUCCAAAAGGUAGUCGAUGUUGCCCAGGUCACGUUGUUAAUGAACGUUUACGCAUUGAUGAUUUAAAUAAAAUUCUACCUCACACAAUUACCCAAACACCUUUCUCCUCCACUGAUAUAUUAACAUGGUUUGAUAAAUUCCGAGAUCACUAUAAUUCAUUUCGAUAUUUUGAUUUUGAUCAUCCUAUUACGAUGUCAGAUAUUGAUAGUUAUAACUUAACCGGAAUAUCAAAACUAAAUUUUGAGCACUUGAUCGGAUUGCUCGUCUAUUCCAAUAUCAAACAUUCAUCUAAUCGAUCAUUUCGAAAUGCUGUUGGCUUAUUUUUAACAAAACUUAGAUUAGGACUUAGUAAUAAAGUUCUUACAACAAUUUUUCAGUUUUCGAAUCCUAAAGCUGUUUCCCGAACUCUAACUGCUGUUCGUCAAGCUAUACUAUCUAGCUUUGUACCUCGAUAUCUCGGUUUUAAUCAUAUUUCUCGUCAAAAUGUCAUUUACAAUCAUUCUUCCCCCCUUGCUAUUCGUUUACUAACCGAACAACUAAAUACAGGGUGGUAA